AUGCUCCAGUUAGCCAGCAAUGCCUCCCUGAGCCUUGGAGACCUGAGGGUGGCUGUCUCCAUGCUGUGCUGGCUGUUCCUCACCUCAAGCCCGCUGGCUAUAGCCACACUUGCUCUGAGCUCUCUGCUGCUGGUAACCUUCCUGCAGAGCCAGAGACUUUGGCAAGAGCCCCACUACCUGCUGCUGGCUAACAUCCUGCUCUCAGAUCUGGCCUACCUUGUCUUCCACGUGAUCAUCUCCUCCAGCAACCUGGGUAGCUGGCUCCUGGGCUGCACUGCUUGUGGUGUUCUCACAGAUGCCAUCUUUGCUGCCUCUAUCAGCACCAUCCUGUCCAUGGCCACUGUGCUGCACACCUACCUGGCAGCUGUUUAUCCUCUGCACUAUUUCUCCUUCAUGUCUUAUGAGGCUGCCCAGAAAGUGGUGGCCCUCAUCUAGUUGGUAGCCUGCUUCUUCUCCACAUGUCUCAUUUGGCUUAGCAAGAGCCAGAAUGCCAGGUUAGAACAAGAGGCCUCAUGCAUCCUCAUGGACACUGAACCAGGCCAUGACCCCCAGGUCACUGUCACUGACACCUGAAUUUUAUGCAUUCUCUUUCUUUGCACAGCUCUCAUCAUUAACUUCUGGAGGAUCUAUGCAGAGACCAGGACUUCAGGCAUCUGGGUUCAGGGUUAUUCCCGGGCCAAGGGUACCAUGCUUAUCCACACAGUGCUAAUCAUGCUAUAUGUUAGCCCAGUUGUGGUGUUUUCCAUGGACAUCUUGCUAACCAAGUAAUACCACACUGAUGUCAGAACUCAU